AUGUCAACUGAGGAUGAGGCAUUAACAAAUUGGAGAAACAAGCCCACGUGUUGCACUGGUCCAAUCCGGCACAGCAAUGGAAGACAGUGUCCUUACUUAAAACGCGCAGGAGAAAGAUUAAGGAAAUCGGGCACUUCUAAAACUUUACAGGAAGAUAUUGUAUUGCCAGAUAUUUAUGCUACCUCCUUAUGCCCAAGAUGGACAUAUUCCAUAUGA